AUGAAUCCUCUUCUUAGGAAAAGCACAUUCUCCUUCGGGUACAAGGAACCCCGUUUGGAUAGCUUGAAAGCCCUUAGUUCCAAGAUAGCCCUUGUCAAAUACAAAUGUUAUGCAGCCUAUGGAAACAUUCUGGACCUGGAAAAUGAGAAUGUGGGCUACAUGGUCCUCACUACCUUGGCUCAGUACUAUGACAUUCCAAUGCGCUGCUUCACCUUCCCGGACUUCCAGAUGGCUCCCACUUUGGAAGAGUUUGAAAGGAUUCUGAAUCGCUCCAUCAAGGAUCAUAAUCCGUUUCCCAAGAUUGAAGAAGACUUUGUCAUGCCUAAGCUAGCAUCCGUGUUGAGGAUUGACGUAGGUGAGCUGGCAGCCAGUUGGGCUCCAAAAGGGGAUGACAAGGGAUUCACCCGAAAGUUCUUGGAAGGUCAUGCAUGGAAAUUAGCUAAGGAGAAGAAGUGGGAAUCUUGCAUAGCAGUCUUGGCAUUGUUGAUCUAUGGGAUCAUCCUAUUCCCAAACAUCGACAACUUCAUAGAUCGUGUUGUUGUGGAAAUUUUGUUAUCCUGCAACCCAGUGCCAUUCCUCUUGGUCGACUUCUAUCAUACUUUCCACACUCGCCAUAAGAAGAAAGGUGGACCUUUCUUGUGCUAUGCUUCACUGUUGCACAUAGGAAUGAAGACUCAUAUGUCGCUAGUCGGUCCUUUUGUAUCUAAAGAUCUCCCUUGGUGCCAGAAGUUUGCGUCACUCUCUUCCGGUACUGUCCAGUGGUACAAGAGGGAAAGGGAAACCCAAAACAUCAUUCUCAGAUGUGGAGGAUUUCCGAAUGUACCCUUGGUAGGCACACAUGGGUGUAUCAACUACAAUCAUGUGUUGUGCAUGAGGCAGUUUGGACAUGCAAUGAAUGGGCCUCCUAGAGAUGAAGACUUGGUCCCUUUUAUCAUCAACAACGUUGAUCCACUUAACCCUGCUGUGAGGAAAGUAAGGCAAGCCUGGACCAAGAUUGUCAGAAGUGGUCUUGAACUUGGCAAGAAGAAUGUCAUCACUAGAGAGUUGUAUGUACAAUGGGAAAGGGAAAGAGCCCGGGUAGUCAAGAUGCCUUUCUACUUCGAGUCCUCGACUCUCCCUUAA